GGCCUCGUGACCAACCUCCUCGGCCGGCCGAUAGAAUAAUAAUUAACACGAUAUUGGAUUCUGUGGCAGAUUGGAUAGCAUCAAGCAUAGAUACUAGUAUCUAUGCAUCAAGUUUUUAAUCAGCAAAAUGGCAGCAGGAGAGGCUCCUAUCUACAACUCUGGCGAGGACUGCCAGCCUGACUGGAAGACUGCAGCAGCGGGAUACAAUGAGGCUGACACACACCUUGAGAUAAUGGGCAAGCCUGUGAUGGAGAGAUGGGAGACUCCUUACAUGCACAAGCUGGCCACCAUUGCAUCCAGUAAAGGAGGGCGUGUUCUAGAGAUUGGUUUUGGCAUGGCUAUCUCUGCUGGCAAGAUCCAAGAGUGUCCUACCCUCACAGAGCAUGUGAUAGUUGAGUGCAACGAUGGUGUGUUUGAUCGGCUGGUUGUGUGGGGGCAGGCACAGUCCCACAGUGUGACGCCAAUGAAGGGCCUAUGGCAGGACGUCAUACCCACCCUGGAGGAUGGAUCAUUUGAUGGUAUUCUCUACGAUACCUACCCUCUCUCAGAGGAUAGUUGGCAUACACAUCAGUUUGAGUUCAUUAAAGGUCAUGCCGCUCGUCUAUUAAAGCCAGGGGGUGUGCUGACCUACUGCAACCUCACUUCUUGGGGGGAGUUAAUGAAAGGGGCUUACUCCAACAUCACUAACAUGUUCCAAGAUACGCAGAUGAGUCAUCUGAUUGCUGCCGGCUUCAAGGAGGGAAAUAUCACCAUGGAAACUAUGCCCAUCCAGCCGCCAGCUGAGUGCCGUUACUAUAGUUACAAAGAGAUGAUUGCACCAACCAUCAUCAAGGACUGAACUAUGUACCUCUGUACUAGCUACCACUAUCACUUUAUCAUACUCAUGGAUAUUUAUAAUUAU